AUGCAUGAAAUCGUUACCCUUCAACUAGGGCAGCGGGCCAAUUAUUUGGCUACUCAUUUCUGGAAUCUCCAGGAGUCUUAUUUUACCUACAAUGGAGAAGAGGAAUCUCCGGUGGACCAUGACGUCCAUUUUCGUCCUGGUGUGGGUGCAGAUGGGACAGAAACCUUCACCCCUAGGACAGUAAUAUAUGACUUAAAAGGCGCUUUUGGUACUCUUCGAAAGUAUAACGCUUUGUAUGAAUUGACCGAGGAUGCAAACCUCGGCCAAGGCUUAUGGGAUGGGAAAGAAGUCAUACAACAACAGACACCAAUCUCUCAAAGCGACUACCAGAAGAAUCUAGAUGCAGGGCUCCCUGCUCCCAAACUUACAACCGAAACAGUUCGGUACUGGUCUGAUUAUAAUCGCCUCUUUUAUCACCCCCGUUCCAUUGUUCAGUUGAAUGAUUAUGAGCUGAACAGCAUGAUUAUGCCUUUCGAAGAUUGGAGUGUCGGAGAAGAUUUGUUUAGUGACCUUGACAAAGAGCAUGAUCUUCUGGAUAGAGAUGUGAGACCAUUCGCGGAGGAGUGUGAUCAAUUACGUGCAAUUCAAUUGUUCACAAGUUCUGAUGAUGCUUGGGGUGGUUUCUCUGCUAGAUAUGUCGACAGGCUGCGAGAUGAAUUUGGCAAAAAGUCUAUCUGGGUAUGGGCGAUUGAAGGUGGAUCAAGGGUGUCUCGACAAACCCAACUUAAACGGGAUAUGAAUAAAGCCCGGACGAUAUACAGCAUCUCUCCCCAGUCAUCACUGUAUACGCCAAUUAUUGAUCCGCCUAGCCACACUCUAAGCAAAGUGCAUUUCGACCCGCAUUCCGAAUGGCAUACUACUGCACUUAUAAGCUCUGCUAUGGAAAGCGUUACGCUCCCAACCCGUCUUCGGCAAUUCCAUGACUUCGAGUCCUCCUUAGCCGGUGAUGACGGCACUCACAAAAUAUUUGAGUUGCAAUCCUCCGUCACCGCGGACGAUGGAGGCAACAGACAGCACCUACCCGUUAAAGGACCAUUGACUGAAACAAAUGCCUCGGAACAGGGAGCCGCGAAAUCUCAAGCAAAAUUUGAAUUGGACUUUACCUACGAUGGACGUGGAAGCAGUAACUCACAUAUAUUCAACCAACUUCAGGUUUGGCGUGGAACCAACCUUGACCAGGACAAGGGGUCCGUUGCUCAAGAGGAUAUUGGCCUCUCUCGGAAGCAGCGCUACUACAAUUCAGCACCAAUGUUCCAAAGCUACCCUAGUCAUAUGUUCUCGGGUGCAAAGCAGAACAAGAUAAAUGUUCUCGCAGCACUUACUGCAUCCUCUCGGACAGCGGAAAGAAUCAAAGUGUUGGAGACAGUUGCUGGACGAAUCAUUGGCGUCGAUGAACGUGAAACACUCGUCAAUGGACUGGGGGAGAUUCGAGAAUCUUACGAGACCGGAUGGUCGAAUGAUUCGGAUUUCAAUGACAUAUAG